UUGUCCCAACUUUUGACAAUUGGCAGAAACAUGGCGUUGACAGCAAGAAAAUUGUUGCUUGUGUUUUUAAAUUCUCAGUAAGUAGGAGUUCAUUUUCCAACAAAAUUAUCCGUCUUGUAAUCAGUGAAAAACGCCUGUAAUAUCACGGCUGCACAAGCAAGACACCAUAACACCAUAAAGAACGAAAAUUUCGUCAAAGUGAUUGACUUAAAUUUAAACAAAAAUGAGCAAAGCCACUGAUUUUUCCGAAAAUGAGGAUGAUCCUGCAGUUUACGAAAGCUCUGGCUCCGAGUGGGACAGCGACACCGAGCUAGAACCGGUGAAGAAAACAACGCGCCGAACGUCUUGUAGGGUUAGCAAAAAGCCUCGUCUCAAGUCUGAAACAAGUAGUGAUAGUAGUGAAAUAGAAGACGACCCGAAACCGAGAAAAAGAAAUGGAGUUAACAAAAAACAGAAAACUGAAGUUGAUCAAGAAGAAAAAGUAAUCAACGCGAAGGAUUUUUCGACUGGCUCCUUUGUGAUUCUGAAAAAAGAUGCACAAGUGGGUGACCCCAAAAAACACCCCUGCAUUUGGAGGAUCGAUGGAAAGGCUUUAUUACAGAAAUAUGAACCGUUUGAAGAGGAGGGAAGAAUUAGACACAAAACUUCAUCAAUUAAAUUAUUGAUUACAGUAUACAGGGUGGUCACCUUUAGAAAAAGAUUUGUACGCCCCUGUCACAGUAACCGUAAAACAACACCGUAACCAUAUUCUCAUUGUUGAUCUUGACUGGGAAAAAUUAAAAGAGAUAAAUAUGGAUAGCGACUAACGAAUAUAUAAACAAUUUUUCGAUGUUUUUUAAUUAAGUUUAAUCAUGUUUUUUAUUUUAUUGCGUUUUCAAUAGUUUUUUUCUCGAAUUAAAAUAAAAGUGGUUUAAAUUACA